ACAGGAAGAUUGGACACGUGUCAACAUCUUGGAGGGAAAAAAGAAUCGCUCUUGGUACCCUUUAUCUCUAUUCUCUUACCCUGGAGGGCUUUGGUCCGAGAAAACCCGAUACCGCUUGAGUUAUCAAGACUACGAGCUCCUUCCAUUUUCAGGUAUCAUCGGCAUUUUGAUUGAAGUUCAAAACCCAAAAUUUAUCAGUCGAGCAAUUAAAGGCUCAAUCUUUAAUAUCUUGGGUAUUUGUGGAAUAAUCGAUAAGUGCUACUCUGUUUAGUCUGCUCGAUUGUGAUACGAGGUGGUGGUUCUUGUUCAGCUUGUUGAUUAUGAGUAAUAUGCUAGAAAAAUAGAAUGGUUGAUAUCAAACUUGAGAUUAAUUGUUUGUUUCUCAUUGGCCAAACAAUGAACUCCUCCAACAUCUACAACCCCACAACUCGUCACCCAUCUUCACAAUUCCCACAAAUCAAAACCUUGAAAGACUUGCAACAAGUGCAUGCCCACUUCAUCAAAACCCGCCAAAUCCACGACCCUCUUGCCGCGGCCGAAAUCCUCCGAUUCUACGCCCUCUCAAAUCACCGCAACAUUGAGUACGCUCGUGCCGUAUUCAACCAAAUUCAGACACCCAAUUGCUUCUCCUGGAACACCAUCGUCAGAGCUCUUGCCGAGAGCUCUGUUUCCGAGCACCCACCUGAGGCUCUGUUCUUGUUUUAUCGAAUGAUUUGCGAUGGUUUGGUGGCGCCAAAUAAGUUCACAUUUCCUUCUGUGUUGAAGGCCUGUUCUAGAAUAGGGAAUGCUCAGGUUGGCAGACGUGUUCAUGGGAUGGUUGUCAAGUUUGGGUUGGAUGAUGAUGAGUUUGUUGUGAGUAGUCUUGUGAGGAUGUAUGUAAUGUGUGGGGUUAUGGAGGAUGCACAUUCAUUGUUUUCUAGGAGUGUAGCUGAUUGUGGUGAUUUGAAUGAGAAGAAGCAAGAGGGUAAUGUGGUUUUGUGGAAUUUGAUAGUUGAUGGCCAUGUGAGACUCGGGGAGUUUGGAGCUGCACGGGAGCUGUUCGACAAAAUGCCUCAAAGAAGUGUUGUCUCGUGGAAUGCGAUGAUCUCCGCGUAUGCGCAAAAUGGGUUCGUUAGGGAAGCCGUAGAAAUGUUCCGUGAUAUGCAGAUUGGGGAUGUAUGCCCAAAUUAUGUGACUUUGGUUAGCGCCUUGCCUGCGAUAGCACGACUUGGUCUGCUUGAAUUGGGGAAAUGGGUGCAUUUGUAUGCCGGGAAGCAUAAGAUUGGGAUCGAUGAUGUGCUUGGUUCUGCUUUGGUUGAUAUGUAUUCCAAGUGUGGCGACAUUGAGAAGGCGCUUCUAGUUUUUGAGCAACUGCCUAAAAAGAAUGUGAUCACUUGGAAUGCCAUAAUCAGUGGGCUUGCUAUGCAUGGUAGAGGAAAGGAUGCACUAGAUUAUUUUUCAAAGAUGGAAAGAGCUGGUGUGGUGCCUAGUGAUGUAACAUAUAUUGGUCUCUUGAGUGCUUGUAGCCAUGGAGGUAUGGUGGAGCAGGGCAGAUCAUUCUUCAACCACAUGAUUAAUGUAGUUGGCUUAGAACCUAGAAUCGAGCAUUAUGGGUGUAUGGUCGAUUUAUUAGGCCGUGCUGGACUGUUAGAAGAAGCUGAAGAGCUUAUACUAAAUAUGCCAAUUCAGCCGGAUGAUGUUAUAUGGAAGGCAUUGCUUGGUGCUUGCAAGGUACAAGGGAAUAUUGAGAUGGGAGAACGUGUCGCAAAGAUUUUGAUGGACUUGGCUCCCCAUGAUAGUGGAUCAUAUGUUGCUCUAUCGAACAUGUAUGCAUCUUUGGGAAAUUGGGAGGCGGUUUCAAAUGUGAGAUUGUUGAUGAAGGAUAUGGACAUUAGGAAAGACCCCGGUGGUAGUUGGAUUGAGCUUGAUGGAGUGCUUCAUGAAUUUCUGGUUGAAGAUCAAUCACAUUCUAGAGCAGAAGAAAUCCAUUCAAUGCUGGAAGAAAUUUCCAACGAGUUAAGGUUAGAAGGAUAUAAGCCUAACACCACACAAGUAUUGCUCAACGUGGCUGAAGAAGAAAAACAAAGUGCUUUACAUUAUCACAGUGAGAAAAUUGCAGUUGCCUUUGGCUUAAUCAGUACAGCCCCUCAAUCGCCACUUCGAAUUGUUAAGAACCUACGCAUAUGCGAGGAUUGUCACUCCUCUAUAAAGUUAAUCUCAAAAAUUUACAAACGAAAGAUCAUUGUUCGGGACCGUAAGCGCUUCCACCACUUUGAGCAUGGUUUGUGCUCUUGCAUGGACUACUGGUAAUGUAGUGAAAAUAUGAAUGUAAUUUCCAGAUUAUGUGCAUUUCUCAAAGCACGUUUUAGAAUCAAUGGAACUGUAUUAAGAUUCAAGUCCUAAGCUAACCAUGUUGUGUUAUUUCUCAAACUGUA